AAAUAUCCGCGUAAAUUCAAAAUGGCGACUUCGUUGCAUGCGUCGACCAAAGAAAAUCACAUUUUGAAAAAACUGUGAACCAUUUCUUUUCGUUUCGCUAUCCUAUUUGAGACGUAAAGGUCCAAAAAUUUUAUUAUCUUAUGGAUUUUGAUGGUGUCCGAUCCCCUCCAAAGCCUUCUUUCCAUGUUCCAACCGCUCUAUAUACGAGUCCUUUGUUGGAUCUCACUCCGGAGAAGAAAGCAAUCGGACUUAAACAAAAUAAAGAGAGGCAUUUUCCAUUGGUUUCCUCUGAAAACGAUGCAGGUGAAGGGAAGGAGAUUCAUGCAUGGUAGGUAAAGUUGAUCAAUAAUUUCACCCCGUAAAACUUUCGUAAGCUGUUAUCUUGCUUUCUUGACCCAAUCAAAAAUUUUUAAAAAAUUGGAAUAGUUUUAAAAUUACAUUUACCUUCACCUCUUUACACCCUAUUAUCAGUAUGUUUAUUCUCCAUAUUGUUCCAUAUACAUUUCUUAAAGUGCUGGCAAGGAGAAUUCGUUCUCAUGACCUUAAUGUUUGAUUCAGGGGUGAGAAUGUAAGGAGAAAAUAGAUGCUAGUCACUCCAAGGGGCUAAAGACUUUAAGUAAUGUUCUUCUUCUGUUGUCUUGUGAUCUUGCAGUCUUGCUCAGCCAUCUAUGAACUCCACGAAACGAGUCAACAAGAAACUACUGGCUCUAGAGGAAGAGCAGUUUAAUCCAGCCGAGGCAAUAGCUAAGAAACUUGAACAGUCUGAGAUCACCAGGUCAAACCUUUGUGAAAAAGUGGCUCAAGCUGUCAAUGUGAAGAAAGGAGAUAACAUUUACUCUGAUUUGGUUUCACUAAAUGUUGAUGCUGAAGAUGCAUUUGCUGAGCAUGCGCAUGUCAGGGCACGAAGCAGUGCAAAAACGUACAAACCUCCCUUACAGGAGCCAGACAUAAUGGCUUUCUUUUCUGAGGAGUUUGAAACACAGUCAGCACAUUUUGGUUAUGAUCUGUUCUACGUAGAGGAACCUUUGCCAGAACCAUCAGCAGCUCCAAUAUCUCAUGUGUUUGACUUAUAUAAACAUGUAAAAAGCUGGCAGGAACAGUAACUUGAAUAAUAUGCCUAGUAAAGAAUACUAUUUUACAGAAUUAUUAUGGAUACAAGAGUCAGAUAAAUUAUGCAAAAAAAAUUUGAGCAUUAUCCUUUUCAACCCUUUAACUUCCAGAUCAAAUUUGUUAUUCUCCUUACUGUCAACCAUACAAUUCUUAUAAUGUUAGUGCUGAGAAUUUAGUAUUGGAUCAACCAAAUAUCCCUGAAUCGAUAUUGUUCUUUAUUCUCAUCACUUAUCUGGUUGAUAUUGUAUUGAAUUUGUAAGGAGAAAUUCUGUCUUGGUCACCCAUGGGAGUUGGAGGGUCAAGCAAGCAUCACCCUGAAAUGAUGAAUUAUUACAAUAUUUAUUUUUAGAUUUUUGUUAUGCUCAAUUUCAUAGUUUUCAAGAUAAUAAUAAUAAUAAUAUUUCCUAUCACCUCCAUUCCCCCAUUUCUAUCACCAACAAGAGAGUGGGGUGUCAACAGAAAGGUAGAGAGAAUUUCCUAGGUGUUGCUAAAGUGAAAAAGGCCAGGAUUUGGAACCUGGCCCAAGGGCCCCACACAAGUUUAGAAUGCACAGGACCUUUUUCUUUAAAAUUGCUUUCCAUAAUCUUUGUGAAUAUUCCACCAGAAAAGUGAAGAGUGUUUAUACCCAGACAAAUCUGGUCCAUGAUUCAGAAAGCUUAAAAUAAUGCACUUCAGGGGCCAGGUAUUGUUGCAGUGCAAAAUAUGCUAAUAUUCGAAUUAAUUUGUUUUAAUUUCCAUUUUAAAUAUUCUAGGAAAUGCAAAGUGUGUAUGCUGGGUAACUGUUCAGUAGAAAUGUGAAUUGCAUUUUGGCCCUAAAUAAGCUGUUAAAUAAUACCCCCACCUCCCCCCUUCCCUUAGCACCGUCUAGAAGCUCUGGAAUUUACUGAACCUGCCCUUAGCCUGCCUUUUUAUCCACACACUGUUAGAUUGGAGAAUAAAGAGAGAGAGUCUGGGAGGAAACAGUUAAAUCUAUGGUUUAGGUUUGAAUGUAUUUGUAAUAUUGUGUUUAAGGACAAGAAACAAGGGUUAUUAAAU